AUGGAGACGUUGAUCUCGAAGCUGAUCUACAAGGGCUCGACCACUGUCGGCGCUGUCGAAGCGCUGUUGAUACUCGCACAAUGGGCACCGCAGAGGCUGCAAGAGAAACCAACGGUGGGCAGGGGCGAAGAGGACGAAGGCGCGUGGAUGCAGAUCGGUGUGGCCAUUCGAUUAGGAUACCUACAGAGCCUGGAACAGACGGGGUUGUUGUCGGAUAAGACAAGCCCCUCGUCCGAAACCUUCAGGAGGAAGAGGAUAGUCUGGGCUGCAUGUUACAUGAGCGAUCGUGAAGUGUCAAUUCGCGUGGGAAAAGGCUUCUGGUCCCGCGGACCAGGGCCAUCCACCAUUCCCCGCUCCGCCGACUUCCCAUCGUUGAGAAUCCAGGAGGCCGGGUCUGACAAUCUCGGGCAGCUGUUCCAGGCACAGCUCGAGCUGAUCCAGCUCUUCAGCAAUGCGCAUGAUAUCCUCUAUUCUUCGUCCAGUCACAGGGCUCAGCUCUACCUAGUUACGCCACUGAUCAAAGCCGGCCUGAAUCUCUCCUACGAGUUUCUCCGCCUCUACAUCAACGCCUUCGCCUUCCAAGCGACCAUCAACCGCGCCAUCACCAAGGCACGCCAGCAACAACAGCAGCAGAUUCAGCAGAAUCAGCAGCAACAGCAACAUCACAACGGAAACGGAGCGCCAGGUCCUCGGGGACAAGCGAGACAGACCACAACAAUCAACAGCCCUCUCUUCGCGGAUCUGGCCAGCACGCCAGAUGCCCGCUUCAUCUACGAGUCCAUGGAUGCCGCCAACUCCCUACUGAACAUCCUGAACACCUCCGUGGACCCUGCGACUGGGCUGAGGUACAUGCCCUUGAAGUACUAUCUCUAUGUCAUUUAUGCGGCGGUGUUUCUGUUCAAGGCUCGGCUCGCUGGCGCACUGGGCAGCGAAGCAUCCGACAGUGUGCGCCGCUCCAUAAACGUCACCAUCGAGUGCCUCCAGCAGUCAUCUCUGAGCGCCCACAGCCUGGGACAGCGCUACGCCCGCCUGCUCUCCCUUCUUUGGCGCAGCAAGCCGCAAGAGCAUACUUAUCAACAACCACCCCCCUCUCAACUCGCUCCCGCCGCCCGGGGUUCACACGGUUGUGAGGCCGACGACCCUGGUGGGGUAGGGCCGGUGUUCGCUCCGCCUUCAGCAAACGGGUCUGCAACCGUCCCGGCCUCGGGCAUGCCAAAUGAGACGAACCCCCCGGCAGGCUUCAGCGUCGGUGCGCAUGCGGAGCAGCACGGGUACGGGGGCAUGGGAAACGGGCAGGGACAUCCGAACUUGGCUACUUUCCCGCCCCAGUCGGACCUGCUCUGCAGGGGCUUCUCGUGGCGAGAUCUGGAUGACCUGGGGCAGUUCAUCGGCCCGGCUGAGAUGCACUUCUCGGACCCGGGAAAUCUGGCGGCCAUGGGCGGGUCCAUGAGUCUAGACGACGGGGCGGCGUACGAUGCCCUUUGGCCGGGGCACGAUGUCGUAUUCUAA